CAGGCCGGCCGGUCUUUAGGUCUUUUCCCCCCUCCCGUACUCUUCUUCCCCAGUCCCUCCCCUCCCCUCUCCCUUCCCUCCUCCGCCUCCUGCCUUUGAGGCCGCUCGGAUGCAGGAGGCUAUGGAGUAAGCCGGCGGCAGCGGCCAGGCUCUGAGGCUGAGCAGGUGCAGCUAGGAAGCGUUUGCGGGGGGGGCGGGGGAAACAAGCCCCAGCACCGCCCCUCCCGGGAAAGAGGGGAAGAGGUAACUAUAACUACUCAAUAUUGCAGCCAUGGAGUCCAUGCUUAAUAAGUUAAAGAGUACUGUUACAAAAGUAACAGCUGAUGUCACUAGUGCUGUAAUGGGAAAUCCUGUCACUAGAGAAUUUGAUGUUGGUCGACACAUUGCCAGUGGUGGCAAUGGGCUAGCUUGGAAGAUUUUCAAUGGCACAAAAAAAUCAACAAAACAGGAAGUGGCUGUUUUUGUCUUUGAUAAAAAGCUGAUUGACAAAUAUCAAAAAUUUGAAAAGGAUCAAAUCAUUGAUUCUCUAAAACGAGGAGUCCAACAGUUAACUCGACUACGGCACCCUCGACUUCUUACUGUCCAGCAUCCUUUAGAAGAAUCCAGGGAUUGCUUGGCAUUUUGUACAGAACCAGUUUUUGCCAGUUUAGCCAAUGUUUUAGGUAACUGGGAAAAUCUACCUUCCCCUGUAUUUCCAGACAUUAAGGAUUAUAACCUUUAUGAUGUGGAAACUAAAUAUGGUUUGCUUCAGGUUUCUGAAGGAUUGUCAUUUUUGCAUAGCAGUGUGAAAAUGGUCCAUGGAAAUAUUACACCUGAAAAUAUAAUUUUGAAUAAAAGUGGAGCCUGGAAAAUAAUGGGCUUUGAUUUUUGUGUAUCAUCAACCAAUCCUUCUGAACAAGAGCCUAAGUUUCCUUGUAAAGAAUGGGACCCAAAUUUACCAUCAUUGUGUCUUCCUAAUCCUGAAUAUUUGGCUCCUGAAUACAUACUUUCUGUGAGCUGUGAAACAGCCAGUGAUAUGUACUCACUAGGAACUGUCAUGUAUGCUGUAUUUAAUAAAGGGAAACCCAUAUUUGAAGUUAACAAGCAAGAUAUUUAUAAGAGUUUUAGUAGGCAGUUGGAUCAGUUGAGUCGUUUAGGAUCUAGUUCACUUUCAAAUAUACCUGAGGAAGUCCGUGAACAUGUAAAACUAUUGUUAAAUGUCACUCCAACUGUAAGACCAGAUGCAGAUCAAAUGACAAAGAUUCCCUUCUUUGAUGAUGUUGGUGCAGUAACGCUGCAGUAUUUUGAUACCUUAUUCCAAAGAGAUAAUCUUCAGAAAUCACAAUUUUUCAAAGGAUUACCAAAAGUUCUUCCAAAACUGCCCAAGCGUGUCAUUGUGCAGAGAAUUUUGCCUUGUUUGACUUCAGAAUUUGUAAACCCUGAUAUGGUACCUUUUGUUUUGCCCAAUGUUCUACUGAUUGCUGAAGAAUGCACCAAAGAAGAAUAUGUCAAAUUAAUUCUACCUGAACUUGGCCCUGUCUUUAAACAGCAGGAGCCAAUCCAGGCUAGCAACAUGAUUUUGUUAAUUUUCUUGCAAAAAAUGGAUUUGCUACUAACCAAAACUCCUCCUGAUGAGAUAAAGAACAGUGUCCUACCAAUGGUUUACAGAGCACUAGAGGCUCCUUCCAUUCAGAUCCAGGAACUCUGUUUAAACAUCAUUCCAACCUUUGCAAAUCUUAUAGACUACCCAUCCAUGAAAAAUGCUUUGAUACCAAGAAUUAAAAAUGCAUGUCUACAAACGUCUUCCCUUGCUGUUCGUGUAAAUUCAUUAGUGUGCUUAGGAAAGAUUUUGGAAUACUUGGAUAAGUGGUUUGUACUUGAUGAUAUCCUGCCCUUCUUGCAACAGAUUCCAUCCAAGGAACCUGCAGUCCUCAUGGGAAUUUUAGGUAUUUACAAAUGUACUUUUACACAUAAGAAGUUGGGAAUCACCAAAGAGCAGUUGGCUGGAAAAGUAUUGCCUCAUCUGAUUCCCCUGAGUAUUGAAAAUAAUCUUAAUCUCAAUCAGUUCAAUUCUUUCAUUUCCGUCAUAAAAGAAAUGCUUAACAGAUUGGAGUCUGAACAUAAGACUAAAUUGGAGCAACUUCAUAUAAUGCAAGAACAGCAGAAAUCUUUGGAUAUAGGAAAUCAAAUGAAUGCUUCUGAGGAGACAAAAGUUACAAACGUUGGGUCUCAGCAAAUUGACAAAGUCUUUAACAACAUUGGAGCAGACUUUCUGACUGGCAGUGAAUCAGAAAAUAAAGAGGAUGGGUUACAGAAUAAGCAUAAAAGAGCAUCACUUACACUUGAAGAAAAACAAAAAUUAGCAAAAGAACAGGAGCAGGCACAGAAGUUGAAAAGCCAGCAGCCUCUUAAACCCCAAGUACACACACCUGUUGCUCCAGUCAAACAGACUAAGGACUUGACAGACACAUUGAUGGAUAACAUGUCAUCUUUGACCAGCCUAUCUGUUAGUACCCCUAAAAUUUCUGCUUCAAGUACCUUCACUUCUGUUCCUUCCAUGGGCCUUGGCAUGAUGUUUUCUACACCAAUUGAUAAUACCAAAAGAAAUUUGACCAACGGCUUAAAUGCUAACAUGGGCUUUCAGACUUCAGGAUUCAACAUGCCGGUUAAUACAAACCAGAACUUAUUUGGUAGUCCAAGCACACCUGGAGUGACCAAGAUGACACUGGGAACACCUUCCACUUUGCCAAACUUCAGUGCUGUGAGUGUUCCUCCUGCUGGUGCAAAGCCAACUCAACAAAGACCCACAGAUAUGUCUGCUCUUAAUAAUCUCUUUGGCCCUCAGAAACCCCAAGUUAGCAUGAACCAGUUGUCACAACAGAAACCAAAUCAGUGGCUUAAUCAAUUUGUACCUCCACAAGGGUCUCCAGGUAUGGGCAGUUCAGUUAUGGGAACACAGAUGAACAUGAUAGGACAAUCUGCCUUCGGUAUGCAGGCUAAUCCUUUCUUUAACCCACAGAACUUUGCGCAGCCACCAACUACUAUGACCAAUACCAGUUCAGCUAGCAAUGAUUUAAAAGAUCUUUUUGGGUGAGGUGUCUUGCUCUAUUUUUGAAGAAAUACUUCAAUUUUAAUCAUGGGUUUGCUGAUUUACAUCUUUAUAUAGUUGGCUUGGAGGAACUACUUCUAUGGGGAAGUGACAGAAAACACCUUGUUUCCAUGCCAGCAUAGUAGUUGUAUGGACUCCUAACAGCUGAGUUUUUAAAAGCAUUGAGGAUUUUUUUCCUCUUACCACCUCCUCUUCAGGUUUUUAAAGACCCAACCCUUAACCAAUCUCAAAGAGAAAAAGACACCUGAGUAUCUUGAAUAGCAGAAUUUUUAAAUCAAAUGUUUAUUUUAGCUUGUAAAUCUUGGUUUAUUUAAAAAAUCGAGUUGCUGGUUAAUGCAAGUUUCAUAUGUUAAAAUGAAUAUGAACAUGGUACACAGUCUGCCUUCACAAGUCAUUAGUCUUCAUUUUAAUGUGUGAAAAAUCUUGAUGCUCUGUUGAUUUGUUUGCAUUUAGUAUGACUGAGUGAGAUAAUGAUAAACUUAACGAAAAGGAUCAGGUCACUUGCUUUUUCCAAUCUUAUUUACUUCUCAGAUGAACUAAAGUUCAAUACAAAAGACUGAGCAAAUACUGCAAAAUUUUACUUAACGUUGAUUUCAUUGGUUCGAACUAAAGGCAUUAUUAACCAUCUUAAAUGCAAACUAAUCAUUGUAAAUUAUAUUUUAGCAUGGUCUGCCUCAAAUAGUAAUGUAUUUUUCUGCAUUUACUUCGAUAUAUUUAGAAUCACUUUCUUUCCUACUGUAUCACAGACAGAAGAAUAUGUACUGAUUUGUAUAGAUAUUUGACAAAGCCCUCUGACAUGAUUUCUCUGACUCUUGCCUUCAUAUUUCAUUUUGAAUUCAAACUUCUGAGGUUGCAACAUAUAUGAAUUGCAUUUUCAAAAGGAUAUUUGUAAGAAACUAUAUUUAAUGAUUAAACUUUUGAGAUUUCUGCUGUAUUGUUCCAAAUGUAAUAAACUUUACUUCUCUAAAAAUGAGCAGUUGUAUCUUCUCGCUACCAACAGAUUAAUUUUCAGCUUAUCAUGGUAAAGUUGGACCUCAUCAAUUAUUGCAACUAAAGUUUAAUUGUUUUCUAGAAAUUUUAGGAACUUCUUGUUUGAACGUUUUUAUGUCCACAAUUAGCCAUUUUUAGGAAAGAAAGACAAAAUUCUUCUAACAGGAAACAUGCUUUAUUUUUUAAAGCCUUUCUCUGAUACUUUUCUUUGAUGUGCUGAUUGUUCAACCACAGAGCCUUAUGCUGUAAAUGUCAUUUGUAUUUUGUUUAAAUUAUAUUUCACCAUUAUGUGAUAACUUAAAAAUGAUCUUUCAGAGAACUAUAUAUGCAUUAUAGUUGCUGCCCUAGAGUUUGUGGUUUUUAAGUCUCUGAAACCAGCAAUCAUUUAAAAUAAAUCAUAUGAAGUUUAGUUGUGUCAUUGAUAUACACACACACACACACACACAUACACACACACUAAAAAUAUACAUGGAAUAUACAUUACUUGAUUAUAAAAUGUAAUUUGGUGAUAGUAUUGCUGGCAUUAUUCAGUAAGGGGGUACUUUAAAAAAUAAAAGGUCAGCUUUGUAUCUG